AUGGCCGUCGUUGCCGAUUCGAGGGCGGAGCGCUUGCCAUGCGCCGAUGUGGCGAAGCACAACACGAAGGCGAACCACUGGAUUGUGAUGCACAACCUCGUGCUGGAUGUACCGAGGCACAUGCUGCUUCACCCCAGCGGCAAGCGCAUCCUCUUUGACUACGCCGACGAGGACUCGGUGAAGGGAUUCUAG